CUUCAGAUGGGCGGCUCUCAAAAAAAACACAAGCAAUUGAAGGAUGGAUACCAUUGCGUAUAUUAAAAGCAUGUUGAAAGGAAAAUAAGAACAGGAAUCUCACUAUGAAUCAGUCUAGAUCUACAUCAGAUGAUGGUGGUGAAGAAACCUCAUCUCAAGGCCAUGAUCAUCGUGAAAAUGAGAGAAGAUGGCAGCAAGAGCGUCUGCACAGAGAAGAAGCCUAUUAUCAGUUUAUUAAUGAACUCAGUGAUGAAGAUUAUCGGCUAAUGAGAGACCAUAAUCUUUUAGGCACCCCAGGAGAAAUAACAUCAGAAGAACUACAACAGCGGUUAGAUGGAAUCAAGGAACAACUAGCCUCCCAGCCUGACUUGAGUCAUGGGACAAAUACCAGAGGUACUGUGGACUCCUUUCCACAAGGAACAGACUCAGAAGUCCCCAGAGAAAGUUCACAUGAAGAUUCUCUGCUAGAAUGGUUGAACACCUUUCGUCGCACAGGAAAUACAACUCGAAGUGGACAAAAUGGGAACCAAACUUGGAGGGCCGUGAGUCGAACAAACCCAAACAGUGGAGAGUUUCGGUUUAGUCUGGAAAUCCACAUAAAUCAUGAGAAUAGAGGAUUUGAAAUUCAUGGUGAAGAUUAUACGAGCAUUCCACUUUCAGAUAUUAGCAGGGAACAUUCUACAAAUGGGCAGCAAAGGUCUACCAGUCCUGUGGCUAGGCGAACAAGAAGCCAAACCUCAGUGAAUUUCAAUGGUAGUAGUUCCAACGUUCCAAGGACUAGGGUUGGUUCAAGGGGGCAGAAUUCAGUAGAAGGGUCUUUCUCAACACUGGGAAGAUUAAGAAGUGGAAUCCGGGGAGCAGUUGGCAUUCCUAGAACUAGUGCUCUACGCACAAACCAGUCAAGUGGUAGUGAACUCAGGCAAAGGGAGGGGCAGCGAUUUGGAGCAGCACAUGUUUGGGAGAAUGGGGCUAGAACUAAUGUUACAGUGAGGAAUACAAACCAAAGAUUAGAGCCAAUAAGAUUACGAUCUACUUUCAAUAGUCGAAGCCGUUCACCAAUUCAGAGACAGAGUGGCACUGUUUAUCAUAAUUCACAAAGGGAAAGUAGGCCUUUACAGCAAACCAUUAGAAGGUCUGUUAGGAGGAGAGGUAUAACUCGUGUCUAUUUAGAACACGAUAGAGAACGCAGGGGUACUGCAUAUACUCCAUUCUCUAACUCCAGACUUGUGUCCAGAAUAACAGUAGAAGAAGGAGAAGAAGCCAGCAGAGCCUCAACUGCUGUACGACGACAGCCAACAAUCACACUAGACCUUCAAGUGAGAAGGAUUCGUCCUGGAGAAAACAGAGAUCGGGAUAGUAUUGCAAAUCGAACUCGAUCUAGAGUAGGGCUAGCAGAAAAUACAGUCACAAUCGAAAGCAACAGUGGGGGAUUUCGCCGAACUAUUUCUCGUUUAGAGCGGUCAGGUAUUCGAACCUAUGUUAGUACCAUAACAGUUCCUCUUCGUAGGAUUUCUGAGAAUGAGCUUGUUGAACCAUCAUCAGUGGCCCUUCGGUCAAUUUUAAGGCAGAUCAUGACUGGAUUUGGAGAAUUGAGUUCUCUCAUGGAGGUCGAAUCCGAGUCAGAGAAUCAGAGAAAUGGCCAGCAUUUACCUGAGAUGCACUCAGAACUGAGUAACAUAGGUGCAGUUAAUGACAUCAGCCAGCAUGAUGAAGGUUCCUCUCAAGACAGGCAGGCCCAAGAAGACAGCACUGAAAUGCAUGGUGAACAUGAGACCACCCAGCCUCAUACCCAAAAUAAUGAUAAUAGAGGUGGCAGGCAGUUGCGAAAUUCAAAUAACUUAGUUGAAACUGGAACAUUACCUAUUCUUCGCCUUGCUCACUUCUUUUUACUAAAUGAAGGUGAUGAUGAUGAUCGAAUACGUGGUUUAACCAAAGAGCAGAUUGACAAUCUUUCCACCCGUAACUAUGAGCAUAACAGUAUUGAUAGUGAACUAGGUAAAAUCUGUAGCGUUUGUAUCAGUGACUAUGUAACUGGAAACAAGCUCAGGCAAUUACCUUGCAUGCAUGAAUUUCACAUCCAUUGUAUUGACCGGUGGCUCUCAGAGAACUGCACUUGUCCCAUCUGUCGGCAGCCUGUUUUAGGGGCCAGUAUGGCAAACACUGGCUGAAGUGGUGGAUCUAUUCAAAUAUUGCAUUGUAGUAGAGCUGAGUAUUUAAACAUUCUUUUGUUGAGUUAUCUGUGAUGAACUAACCAGGAUGAAAAGUAACAGAUUAUUAUAGUUUGAACUAUUUUUUGUGUGCUUUUUUAACUUGUUAAAAAGAGAAAAUUUAUAUAAAAUUUAAAAUGCAAAUGUUAAAUUAUCCAAAAGUACAGAAUAGUUAAUAUUGCUAGAACCAAAUAACCUUUAAGAUGUUUUUAUUUUGGUAAUUUUGUCAUGCUAAGCACUUUUGUAUUUGCACAAUUCAGUAGGUUAAUAAUCAAUCUUCUUUUUCUUAAUAGUACAACAGACUUGACUUGGACUUUCAAGUUGCAUAGGCUUAGUACUAUGUCCAGACAUUGGUGUCUAAAUAAGCCUUUCACUAACUUUUUAUUCUAAGGACAGUAUCUUUUCACGAAAGAGUGUUUGGCUGAAUGUUUGCUAAAUGUAUUUAAGUUACUUGAAAUGUUAAAUUUAAUAUGCAGCAUACCAUAUAUGUAUAUAUAGAUAUAUAAUUUUAAGGUUAAAAUAUUCAGUCUAAAAACUACCAGUUUGGUUCUUAUUUAAGCUUUUGGGCUAUUACUGCAUAUGGCACAAUGUUUAAUAUUUACUGGAUCAUCUCUGGGAGGAAGUGGAUUAAGAUAUUUAAAAAUAGAGAUAAUUUACUGAAGCGUUUCUGACAAUCUGACUUAUUAGACAGCAAGCAAUAUAUAAUACUGAACACGUAUUUCUUUAUUCAGAAAUGGAACAUGAACAUUUUAGAACAUAUAGUUUAUUUAACUUGAGUUCAGCCUUUUUGUGACUUUUUGAAAGUACUAACAAUUCUUUGGAUUAUAUUAAGUAAGGUAUACAAUAUGCAUGGUCUCUCAAAUUUAGUUCUAAAAUCUAAAAAAGUCUAUAAAGAAUCAAAUGCAUAGAUAAUACGUUAAGUUUACUUGGAGGCAAAAACUCCAAAUAAAACAAAUCAAAAAACCCUUAAGAGAAUGUAGAAUUUAUAUAAACACAAAGUAUGCAUUGAAGAUCUAUUUCUAACAAUAAAUAUUAAAACAAA